UCCCACCGACCGGCAGGGGGAGCGCGCGCCAGGCGAAGGGGCUACACUUUCAUGGAGGGGGCGGAGGCGGAGGAGCGGGAGUGGGCCGCGGUGGCCCGGGACCUGCUGGCGCUGGGGUAUGAGGGUUUUCCGGGGGCGGCGUCGCUGGGCAACUCGUGCCCAGACUUCAGGGCUCUGUGCGCGCGGCUGGCGGCGGAGCUGGCGACUCUGGGUGCCCUGGAGCGGCAGAGAGAGGAGGGCACGGAGGCGCUGAGCGCCGGCGACGGUCCUGUUCCCGAGGAAGAAUUCCUGCGACAGUUGGCCGGCCUGUUGCGGGAGUUGCACUGCCCUGACCGCGAGCUCUGCGGCGGGGACUGCGCCGCCUCGCUGCGGGAGUCCGGCGCGCGCCUGCGUCUGCUGCGCUUUCUCUGCUCAGAGGUCCAGGCUGCUCGCCUCCUCCGCCUGCAAUCCCGUCUGGAUCCCAGCCCUGAGCAGUCUGGUGUGGAGGGGGCAGAGGAGGGAUCUGGCCUGGUCCAGGAAAUGGUCCUUACUCUCCAAGCCCUGGGGCUGCCUAGACCCAUGCCGGGGACCCCAGCCAGCCGGCUGCUUCGAGACUUGCAUGCCAAGAUCGCGGAGCUGCUGCCUUCCCUGCCCGCAGGGUCCCUGCAGCCCCUCCUCAGCUACCCGCUGGAUGCACCCAGAUGGGAAGCAUUGGAGUCUCUGUCCCAAAGCCUGCGAGAUCAGUACUGCUGCCGCCGCUGCCUCCUCCUCAAGCGCCUGGACCUCACAACAUCUGCUUUCCACUGGAGUGAUCGGGCAGAGGCCCAAGGAGAGGCCAUGAAGGCAGUGCUGAUCCCAAUUCGAGAGUCUCUGACCCCAGAAUCGGAUGUCUCCAUUGCACACGUCCUGGCUGCUCGAGCUGACCUGUCACGCCUUGUCCCAGCCACCAGCAAGACUGCCCGCCGAGGGACCUGCUGUGCUAUCCACAAGCCCCCUUGUCCAAGAUAUUUUCUUCUCUGCAACUCAAGUCUAAUCACCUCUCAGGUGCUUAUGGGCAGCGUUCCAGACCGGGGGGGCCGCCCAAAUGAGCUGGAGGCUCCCAUGCCCAGCUGGCAGAGCAGAAGAGAGGACAGAGGCGGGCAGAAGGCAGGCCGCCAGUGCUGGGGCCGCAAGAAGAAGAAGUAAAGGGGGACUGGUGGUUGGGGGAGGGGUCCUUCAUGAGAUGCUGACGUUGAUAAUCUCUGAGGAGUCACUGUGAGGGUUUCUCUUGGCACCUGGCACCCCAGCCCCAUAUCCCCUGUUCCUGAGGUCCCAAAUGUCCUCCCCCCCCCCAUCUACCAUUAAAUACCAAGGACCAUGUUCUCUGGAAAAUAAAUUUAAUUAAUU